AAGCAAAGCGAAAAAAAAGUGUUUGUGCAAUAAAUAAACGCAUUUUAUAAAUAAAAACGCUUCAAAUCAUACAAAAUUGAUUUACUCAAGUACAGUUUUGUUCCUGCUGCCUUCAUAAGCAGCAGUGGCAAAAAAUCUCCAACUUCGUUGAAAACGUCGAACAACAAUAAUAAUAAUAACAACAACAAUAAUAGCAACGGAAACAAAAUGCUUCGCUCACCCGCACACAUCGCUGUGGGACCAACGAGCGGCGCCGGAGGUAUGAUUUUGCAUCAAACGCCUCCGCCUCAUGCACGAACGUCACUUUUUGAUUCGUGCCAUCGGAAGAUUCGGUUUAUCGGCAGUUCACCCUUUGCACUUUUUGGAACUUUAGUUGCAAAAGCCCGACGAAAAGAUACACCAGAUCAAAAGGACACAAAAUUAUAUUUAGAAGAAAGUGUACUUGAAAGAAAAUUACCCGACGCCGAUUUAAGAGUAUUAGUAGAUAUCCCAGCUGGUUUAGAUUAUAAUGAAUGGCUUGCGUCACACACACUCGCGCUAUUCGAACACGUGAACUUAGUUUAUGGAACAAUUAGUGAAUUUUGUACAACAUCCGGUUGUCCAGACAUGAUUGGGCCAGGAUCAAGACAGUAUUUAUGGUUUGAUGAAAAGGGCAAAAAGACACGCGUUGCAGCUCCGCAAUAUAUUGACUAUGUUAUGACAUUUACACAGAAAACUGUUAGUGAUGAAUCAAUUUUCCCCACCAAAUAUGCCAAUGAAUUUCCCAGUUCAUUCGAAAGUAUUGCAAGAAAAAUAUUACGUUUACUAUUUCACGUAAUUGCACAUAUGUAUGCAGCACAUUUUCGUGAAGUAGCGUUAUUAGGAUUACACGCGCAUUUAAAUUUAACAUUUGCCCAUUUAACAGCAUUGCAUAGGCGUUUCAACUUAAUUGAUCCCAAAGAGACCGAAGUGUUACGUGAUUUAGAAAUUGCUUUGCAUCUAACGGACGAAAGUGUGCAACAACAGCCCACAGGCGGGGCGAGUGAUAGUGUGUCAAUAACGACAGCGGGCUCAACAAUAACGUCCUCGUCGGGCAUCGGAGGCACCGAUACGAGUUGCCUGAGUGACAACACGAGCAUGACACAAAUCGAUGGCGAUGCGAUGGCGCAACCCAUUUGCAAGCAACCUCUUGAAUCGGGCAACGAUCCCGUUAGUCUCAUCAGUAGUCAUCACAAUAACAUGCAGCACGAGCAGGCGAUGUCAUGUAGCGGCGAUGCAUCAACGACGUUCAGCGAGACGACGACGACGACGAGUGAUAAAGGCGGAGGCUCCGACGCGCUAAAUGCCCAUCUUCAGUCGGCUGCAUAGUGCAUAAAUUGGCAUCAUGAUGGUGAUAAUAGGAAUAAUAAUAACUAUAUUUGUAGCAGUAAUUAUUGUAAAAAUGCAACGACGACGACGACAGGAGAAGCAACUUCGGCAUUCCAAUUGCUCAGCAGUGCCACGUGUUGUCUUCAUGCAGGUUCAUCAUCAACAUCCAACAUCGCCAAUCCCGAUGUCGCCAAUCUCUGACCAAAUUAUGUGAUCAAUAUUCUUUAAAAAAGGACACUUGCACCCAAAUUUCUUUCUUGUUGUUAAUUAAUUAAUCUUAUUAUUAUUAUUAUUAAUUAUUGCUGUUUUUUUUUCUUCUGUGUUAUCUUUAAGCCCAACCUUUUUUUCUGUUAUUCAUUAAUUUAAAAUUAUUUUUUUUAUUAUUAUCUAAUUUUUAACGCUU